UUAGCAUUUGAUUUUUCACUAUCUUCCUCUGAUCGAUCGACAGUGACGAUCUCCGCGGCUCGCCCACGAAGUCUCUCUCUGGAACCUGCACAAAAUUGAACGGUGGAAUCGGAACGAUGACAGCUUGAGGGUUUAUCAGAGGAAAGAGCCGUCGGGAUAUUUAUUCUCAACCAUGUCUGAUUACUCGAAGGAAGACUUUGUACAGCUGAUCAAAAGAUUUGGAGCUUAUCUCAGUGUCAAAAUGUCUAAUAUCUUCCCCAUCUCGCUUCGCAAUUUGGAUUCACAAACUGUUGGGGCAAUAGCAGGGUUUGCUUUGGCAGUACUAUUUACUUGGAGAUUUAUGAGGACACCGAGUGCACCCAGGAGACGGCCACCCAAGAGGCAAGCAAACGCGCCUAGUUCAUCUGGUAUUAGUUCUCAUUCUAAUGCAAAUCUGAACCCACCUGGAUUUUCACCAUCUUUGGAAGAUUCACGAGCACAAGAUGUUAUUGAUGAGUUUUUUCAACCUGUUAAGCCAACUCUAGGACAAAUCGUUAGGCAGAGAUUGAGUGAAGGAAGGAAGGUAACAUGCCGCUUGCUUGGUGUCAUCCUUGAGGAAACCACUCCAGAGGAGCUUCAGAAACACGCCACUGUCAGAUCCUCUGUUCUGGAAGUUCUGCUUGAAGUAACAAAAUUUUGUGAUCUGUAUCUAAUGGAAAGAGUACUGGAUGAUGAAAGUGAGAAAAGGGUUCUUCUUGCUUUAGAAGAUGCUGGGGUCUUUACAUCUGGAGGCUUGGUUAAAGACAAGGUUCUGUUUUGUGGUACUGAGAUUGGCCGGACAUCAUUUGUUAGGCAACUUGAACCGGACUGGCACAUUGAUUCAAAUGUCGAGAUUGUUACCCAGCUAUCGCGAUUCAUCAAAUAUCAACUUCAUAUUGCGCCUACUAGAAUAGAAAGGACUGCUGCUAAUGUUUCCAGCUCUCCAUCUUUGGAACAGUUUUUCGGAUCUGUUUGAUGCGAAAUCCGUCAAAUGCUUUUAUGCAUUGAUUGACUGGACUGGACUUCAUCAUGUAUGUUGAGUUAUAAGACUUUUGAAUGUUGAGAAAUCGCUAUUUCAUUCAAACCUUGUUCGAGUCUCCCCCAAUCCCCUCUUCCUGUGUUAUUUUUUUUUUUUAUUUCUUCCUUGAAGAUUAGCUAAUUUUAAUUGUUGUUGGUUUUUGACAUGUAAAAUUCCAUAAAAUGUCAGCCUGCCUGUAAUUUGUAAACUACAGUAACCAAAAGUUACUCUUCUUCUUCAGUAUGUUUUGGGGAGACUACUUUAGACCGUCUA